UUGAGAAGGAGAUUAAAAAGGCAAACAUUCCCAUCAUGGACACUGGGGAAAACCCGGAGGUGCCUUUUCCACGUGACAUGAUUGACUUGGAGGCAAACUUUGAGAAAAUUGAAAAUGAGCUUAAAGAAAUCAACACAAACCAGGAAGCUCUGAAGAGAAACUUCUUGGAGCUGACAGAAUUAAAAUUUAUACUGCGUAAAACUCAGCAAUUUUUUGAUGAGAUGGCGGAUCCAGAUCUGUUGGAGGAAUCCUCUUCACUCCUGGAACCAAGCGAGAUGGGAAGAGGUGCCCCGCUACGACUUGGGUUUGUGGCUGGAGUGAUCAACCGUGAGCGAAUCCCCAUGUUUGAGCGCAUGCUGUGGCGAGUGUGCCGAGGGAACGUAUUCCUGCGUCAAGCGGAAAUUGAAAACCCCCUGGAGGAUCCUGUAACGGGGGAUUACGUGCACAAGUCUGUGUUUAUCAUCUUUUUCCAAGGCGACCAGCUGAAGAACAGAGUCAAGAAGAUAUGUGAAGGAUUCCGUGCCUCCCUCUACCCGUGCCCAGAAACACCGCAGGAGCGGAAGGAAAUGGCUUCUGGUGUCAAUACCAGAAUUGAUGAUCUUCAGAUGGUGCUGAACCAAACAGAGGAUCAUCGCCAAAGGGUUUUGCAGGCAGCUGCUAAAAAUAUCCGUGUCUGGUUCAUCAAAGUGCGCAAGAUGAAGGCCAUCUACCAUACCCUGAAUCUGUGCAAUAUCGAUGUGACACAGAAGUGCUUGAUUGCUGAAGUCUGGUGUCCAGUUGCUGACCUUGAUUCUAUCCAGUUUGCUCUCAGGAGAGGCACUGAGCACAGCGGAUCCACUGUCCCAUCUAUUUUAAACAGGAUGCAAACCAAUCAGACUCCACCAACGUACAACAAAACUAACAAGUUUACUUCUGGCUUUCAAAACAUUGUUGAUGCUUAUGGCAUUGGAACAUAUCGGGAAAUAAAUCCAGCACCCUAUACGAUCAUUACCUUCCCGUUUCUGUUUGCUGUGAUGUUUGGAGACUUUGGCCACGGAAUCCUGAUGACCCUGAUUGCUGUCUGGAUGGUGCUUAGAGAAAGUCGUAUUCUGUCACAGAAGAGCGACAAUGAGAUGUUCAACAUGGUUUUUAGUGGUCGAUACAUCAUUCUGCUGAUGGGACUGUUCUCCACUUACACAGGCCUCAUCUACAACGACUGCUUCUCCAAGUCGCUUAAUAUGUUUGGUUCAUCGUGGAGCGUCCGGCCGAUGUUCUCAAAAGGCAACUGGUCAGAUGACUUGCUAGAGAGUACUCCUCUGCUUCAGCUGAACCCUGCUAUUCCAGGGGUGUUUGGUGGACCCUACCCCUUUGGCAUUGACCCGAUUUGGAAUAUUGCCACCAAUAAACUGGCCUUCCUCAAUUCGUUUAAGAUGAAAAUGUCUGUGAUUCUUGGCAUUAUCCACAUGCUCUUUGGUGUCACAUUGAGUCUUCUCAACCACAUCUAUUUUAAGAAGCCACUGAGCACAUACCUUGGAUUCAUUCCAGAAAUGAUUUUCAUGUCAUCGCUGUUUGGAUACCUUGUUAUUCUCAUUUUCUACAAAUGGACAGCCUAUGAUGCUCACACGUCAAAGGAUGCACCAAGCCUUUUAAUACAUUUUAUCAACAUGUUUCUGUUCUCCUAUGGUGAUACCAGUAAUAAGAUGCUGUAUAAAGGGCAGAAGGGGCUCCAGUGUUUCCUUGUGGUGGUGGCGUUACUGUGUGUGCCAUGGAUGCUGGUGGCUAAACCCCUGGUCCUGCGCCAUCAGUAUUUAAGGAGGAAGCACUUGGGAACGCACAACUUCGGUGGGAUCCGGGUGGGCAACGGACCGACCGAGGAGGACGCGGAGAUCAUUCAGCAUGACCAGCUGUCCACCCAUUCCGAGGAGGGCGAAGAGCCUACAGAGGAUGAGGUGUUUGACUUUGGCGAUACUGUGGUGUACCAGGCAAUCCACACCAUUGAGUACUGCCUGGGGUGCAUUUCGAACACGGCAUCCUACUUGAGGCUCUGGGCUCUCAGCUUAGCCCACGCACAGCUCUCGGAGGUGCUCUGGACCAUGGUGAUCCACGUUGGCCUCAGCGUGAGGAGUCUGGGUGGAGGCUUUGGCCUCUUCUUCGUAUUUGCUGCGUUCGCUACCCUGACAGUAGCAAUUCUCCUGGUCAUGGAGGGGCUGUCUGCUUUUCUCCAUGCUCUUCGCUUGCACUGGAUCGAGUUCCAGAACAAGUUCUACACUGGCACUGGAUUCAAGUUUCUCCCUUUCUCCUUUGAUACCAUCCGUGAGGGGAGGUUUGACGACUGAAGAUCCCU